UAUCCACCAACUCAUCCAAAGCCUCUGUCACAAAACCAAAAAUGCCACAUGAUCCCCUCUGCACAUUCCCAUGGACCAAGCGCCCCCUUAUCGCAAACGCCCCCAUGAGCGGCAUAGCCACCAGUGCGCUCGCCACAGCUGUAACCCAAUCCGGCGGCCUGGGGCUGAUAGGGUUUCUCGACGACCCCCGCCGACUGGAGGGGGAGCUGCGUCAAGCCAAGUCAUUGCUCCAAAGUUUGGACAGGCAACCAGCUUCUGGGGAGGGUCUGAGUCUCAGUCGCCAUCUGAAUUCGCCGUUGGUGAUGAUACCCUCCCCAUCGGGGUCGGCAUCAUCAUCCUAGCCAUGGAGGGGCCGUCUACAUUCCUCCCCCUACUUGCGCAGUACAAACCAGCCCUCGUGUGGCUCUCCUUUCGUGAGAGCCAGGACUUCAGGCAGUGGACAGAUUGUAUCCGGCAGACUUCGCCAAGCACCAAAGUCUGGAUCCAACUAGGCAGCGUGCGAUGCGCACUCGAGGUCGCGCACUCCUGCCGCCCAGACGCGCUCGUUCUCCAGGGGAGCGACGCAGGCGGGCACGGGCACGCACGCGGCUCAAGCAUCGUGACUCUGGUCCCAGAAGUCGCGGAUGCCCUUUCGCGCGCCGGUAUUGGCAGUAUCCCGCUGAUCGCAGCAGGGGGGAUCAUGGACGGGCGGGGGGUUGCAGCUGCUCUAGCGCUUGGGGCUGCGGGGGUGGUUAUGGGGACGAGGUUGUUGGGCGCGGUCGAGGCGGACUUGCCGCGCGAGUAUCGCGACGAGAUCCUGGCGGCUUGGGAUGGGGGCGAGUCGACAGUUCGAUUCCAUGUCUUUGAUGAGAUGUGGGGGGAUAAUCCGUGGCCGGAGGUUUAUGAUGGGAGGUGCUUGAGGAAUCGGUGUUAUGAGGACCUGGAGGGUGGGAUGAGUGUCGGGGAGAUGAGGGAGAGGUUGUAUUGGAGGAUUGGCAUGGCUCGCAGAGACGAGGAGGUUGCUGUUAAGGACACCAGUAGUCUCUGGGUCGGGGCCGGGGUUGGGAUGUUGAGGGUGGUCGAGACAGCCAGGGAGAUUGUUGAAAGCGUGCAAGAGGAGGCAAAGGAUCGACUACAGCACGCAGCGAGCCAAUUGUCAGCAAUCGGGCAUGCAAUGCAACAAUGAAGCCCAGUUUAGGUCCAGCACGGUGUCCCGGGAUUAGCAUGACGUAGGUCUGUCCUUGAAGGCUUCAAACACCGAGAUAGUCGUAUCAUGUAAUGGAUCUAUCCGUGUAUCAGCCAGGCCAUAUUUCAAACGGCGUAUGUUGCGAGCCCCAUCUACAGAGCUA